GAUCGUAACCAAUAAUUUGUUUCGAAUGGAGUUAUAUUGUUUCUAGCGUCAUUAAGACGUCAUGCAUCGUAUCUCUAGGUAUUAUAAUGCAGGGUAUUGUUUUGUUUCGUUUUCAUGAGCAAUUUAAUUUUGCUGGUAUUGUGAUAAAAGGCCAAUUUAUCUCCCUUUUGCUCCUUCAUUUAACAUAAAUCGAUUGUUGAUGCAAGCUGAUGUCUGCUUCCGCCACAGAAAACACUCUUUUUUUCUUCCGAUUCAUACCUUUCAUCAAAAUAAAAUAACAACUCAACUAUAAAACAAACCAAAAGGAGAAUGACUUCGAAGGUGAUCACAGAAGAAUAUGGAAAGAGACUUUUGUCGAAUACUUUGUCGGAACAUGUUGGCCAACUUAGAUGUGCUAAGGUUGAUGGAAAUACGGACUGGGAUAACCUUGUUGUAUCGCACGAGUGGCUACGAUCUGAACGACUCGUUGUGAAACCGGAUCAAGGAUUGAAACGACGUGGUAAGCUUGGUUUGCUCAAGAUCAACACUGACAUAGUAACGGCCAGACAAUGGAUUGCAGACAAAAUGGAAGAAGAAUUGCAGGUGGAUGGAGUAAACGGUCGUCUUCGUCAAUUCAUCAUCGAACCUUUUGUGAAACACGACCCCUCUACAGACGAAUAUUAUCUGUCUAUCUACUCUGAGCUGGAUGGUGAUGUAGUCUUGUUCCACCAUCUCGGCGGUGUCGAUGUCGGCGAUGUUGAACAAAAGGCUCUAAGACUGAAAGUUGGAAUAAAAGAAGAUUUAAGUGAAGAUAUUGUGAAGGACGAACUCUUAAAAAAUAUCCCAACUCAGAAGAGAAGUAUUGUUGCAAGAUUCAUUGUCGAUCUCCUGAAGAUGUACCAAGACAUGCAUUUCACUCUUCUAGAAAUUAACCCCUUAGUUGUCCUCGACAGAGUGUACCCUCUAGAUCUGGCUGCGACGUUAGACACCAAGGCCACACCCAUGUGUAAGGACAAGUGGGGGAGGGUGGAGUUUCCGCUUCCUUUCGGGAGAUUGCCCAGCGAAGAGGAGCGAUUUAUCUCUGAGCUUGAGAAAGGAACCCCAGCCAAUGUGAAGCUGACUGUUUUGAAUCGAAAGGCAAGGAUCUGGUCUGCUAUCAGCGGGGGUGGAAUUUCUUUAUUGCUCGGAGAUACUGCCAUGGUAGAUGAAUGCUCUCAUGAAAUAGGCUGCUAUGCUCAGUUCUCUGGUCCACUGAAUCCAACACAAAUGUACGGCUUCACCAAGACAGUGCUCGAUUUGAUGUUAGCUGAAAAACACCCGGAUGGAAAAGUACUCGUGACCGGUAGUCAGGCUAUUGACGUCACAACACUUUUAGCCAAUAGGAUGGGACCAGGCGUGGGAAUGAUGAAAGCAUUUGAAGAAUACAAAGAAAGAUUGAUAGAUCAUAGAGUAUCUCUUUAUAUCAGAACUACUGUCGGCAUCGUGGGUCCUGAAAAUGAAAAGCUGCCUCACUCUUUGGCCAAUUUCGGUAUUCCUGUGCAUGUGUUUGGAGGCGAAGUGCCGAUUGCUGAUAUAAUUCGAUAUGCUCUUGGCAAGGAAUCGAUACCAAGGAAUGUCAAUCACCCACGAAUCUACCGGAAUCAAGAACAGACCAGUUUGACGACCAGUAAGAAUGAAUUUAAUGAUGUCAUCACCCUCGGGGAAAAUAACGAUGAAGUCAUAAAUCUCUCGCCAGACGACAUCUUUACUCCGACUACAAGGUCUAUCGCUAUCGGUAUGUUUCCGAUCGCUAUACAAAAUAUUAUCGGAUUUGAUUUCGUCUGUUCCCGGAGCCAUCCCUCAAUCGCCGCCAUUGUUCGACCAAACAGCGAAAAUGGCGAAGAAAGCUAUCCAUGGGGAGAAGACGAUAUAUCGAUACCAGUGUAUGGAAGCCUAUCUGAUGCUAUUAGCAAUCACAGUGACGUCACAGUAGUCCUUAAUCAGGCAAUUGGUCCGGCAGGUUACGCAUGCGCACUUCAUGCACUCAGCCAGCCCCAAGUUCGCUGCAUCAUGAUGAUGGUAGGUCACAUCAGCGAACGUCAAACUAGGGAACUCAUCGGCCUCGCCAACAAGAAACAAGUCCUCAUGAUCGGACCGUCUACGUUGAAACACGGUCUCCAGGUUAACAUCCUCAAACCCGGAUCGUUCCGGUGUAAUCUAUUCGGCGACAUCGGCGGUCCCUUACCCGAUUUGGUCGAGCUGAAGUUGUACCGACAGGGCAGUGUAGUGUAUUUGUCACGGUCUGGGGGUCUGUCCACCGAGCUGUGUGUGUCCAUAGCAAGAAAUUCAGAUGGAAUCUACAUGGGGAUAUCACUAGGCGGUGGAAGGUAUACCGGUUCAGGGAUCAUGGAUCAUAUACGAUUACUUCACAACAACCCUGCUGUCAAGUGCUUCAUUAUUAUUGGAGAGGUGGGAGGAACAGAGGAAUAUGAAGUAUGUAAAGCUAUAAAGGAAGGAACAAUCACCAAACCUGUAAUUGCUUUCUGCAUUGGUACAUGCACAGAUCUAUACAAACAAGAGCCUGCUUAUUUCGGCCAUACCGGGGGAGGAACUGAGAGCGAGAGAGAGAGUGCAGUAGCCAAGAACAAGGCCCUGUCACAAGCUGGCGCUAUUGUACCUGAUGCAUUCGACUCCAUGGCUGUCAAACUCGCGGAAGUGUACGACGGGCUUGCAAAGGAGGGUAAGCUUGCACCCCUGGAGGAACCACCGGUUCCUGUAAUCCCAGCCAAUAUGAAACCAGCAAGACGACCACCAGUGUUAUCACAGUGAAGAUGACUGGAUCGGGGGAGGGGGUAAGCUUGCACCUCUGAACAGCCGGUGAGGUGUCCUCCUGGCCGAGUUGUUAGGUUUCCGACUACACGGUGAAAGUUCGGGGCUCGAUUCCUGCCUAUGCCCUUGAAGAAGGCAUUUUAUAUACAUUCCUCUUUUAUCCUGGAUCAAAUAAAUGUAAAUAGUUUAAAUUAUUUAAAAAAAUCCUUUCAUCCCAGCCAAUGCAAAACCAGAAAGACGAUCUGCAGUGCUGUCACAGUGAAGAUGGUUGGAUCGUGGAGAGGGGAAGGGGGUAAACUUAUAUCCCAAUAGAUAAUAGAUAUACCAUCAAGUCUAGUCAUCCCAGCCAAUAUGUAACCAGAAAGACGAUUGAAAAUGAUUGGUGGGGGGGGGGGGGUUAAACAAUAAUUUGAUUUGCUUGGAUGUAAAAUAUAUUUGAAUUCGAAUUCACUCCAAUGCCGCGAGUAAAUAAUAAAAAAAAAACAGUCUGUCCAGUCUUCGAUUAUCGCCUUGGUCACAUUUGCUCUACGGCGGCCGUACGGCGAGUCGAAAACAGCUGUUUUCUUAUACCCCUUUCAUAGUGCCCUCUUCAUUUUUCACCGGCGAACUUCGCCGGCGAACUUCUCCGCCUCGCAUUCCUCACUUCCCCGGCGAAGAAAAAAAUGUACCCUUUCGCACUGACAUUUCUUCCCCGGCGAAAGUCAACGGGCGAUUGCAGAACAAACGAAAGGAAAUUGUAAACAUUACUUCUUACCUAUUACAAAAAAGUAUCAAACAAAUUAAUUACAACAUAUUUUGGAAGUAUUACGAUAAAAACAAACAAUAUCACCUUGUUUUUAUAUCUUAGCCCAUUUUAUACAUGUAAAAAGUGCUUUUUAAUAAAUAUUGUUAGUAAAAAAAGAAAAAAAAUCGAGGGUAUCUACUUGGCCAUAGCAUUCAGCUGAGCUUGCAACUAUCGCGCGCGGAAUCUCGGUGCAGGGGACUUUGGGAGAGAAAAAAAUUGACCUCUGACGUCAUUAAAGAGGAGAAGUUCUCCGGUUUGCUUUCAUACUGGCCUUUUCACCGGCGAACUUCACCGGUGAAACAGUUUCGCCGGCGAAGUUCUCCACCUCUAGAGGUGGAGAAGUUCACCGGCGAACUUCACCGGUGAAGUUCUCCUGUGUACCUUUCAUACUGGACACUUUCCCCUUCGCUGGCGAACUUCGCCGGUGAAGUUCGCCGGUGAAAGGCGCAAUAUGAAAGGGGUAUUAAUUUUGAUUCAAACAACCUAAAUGUAGUUGGACAAAAAAUGUUAAAACGGCUGUUUUCGACUCGCCGUAGGGCCGCCGUAGGGCCGCCGUAGGGCCGCCGUAGAACAAAUGUGACCAUGGUAUUAGGUUCAUUACGAUUUUACUCUCUUCUGUUUAACAGAUAAUCGUGUUUUGUAAUUAUUGAAUGCAGUAUAUUGAAUUUGAUUUGAUUUAUCGUCCAAAAGAUGUUACUUGGAAAGUCUUAUUUCCACAUAUCUCUAGCAAUAUUCAUUCAGUGAAUUUAACUUUGUAUGUUAUCAUCUAGUAUGUUUCUUUUGUGCAUGGUAUAUAAUAUGCCUGUACUUUCAACUUUACAACGGGUGUGGCUCUGUAUUCUAUUAUUUCCGCUAGACCACUACCUUCUCUAUUCAUUUAUUUUAUGCAUUAUUAAUGUUUGUUCAUGCAUGUAUCUUAUCUUUGGAUUUUAAAGGAAAAGAAAUAAAACUUGAAUAAUUUGUCUAGA